AUGGCUGCCUGGAGAAAAGCCGGUUUGACUUACAACACUUAUUUGUCUGUUGCUGCCAGAACUGUUCGUGCAGCUUUGAAACCAGAAUUGCAAGACGCUAGAGUAUUGGCUAGAUCAAAGACCGACGCUAGAUACGUCAAGUACGAAAAAGGUUCAGCUGCUUCAGACUCUGUUCCAUUGCAAGAAUGA